AUGAUCAAACAUUCCAAUCAUCAUAUACUUAUUGCGCUUACGAUGGCAUCCGUGGCCAGUGCACAAUUCGUCCAUCUCGAAUCUGCAAGUGAUGCAGCUACCCCAGCGCCUUCUCAACCAAACCAUCAUAGUAGUGAUCCCAAGUCGACACCAGCAGCAGUAACAAGCUCUAAAGCCGAGCCUACCACUACAAUCGCUCACAACAGUAUCCAUACUUUCCCAUCCCAUCAUGUUGAUAAACCAGAUCUAUCGGCACACAAACCAAGCGCUGCACCUGUUACACCUACUUCAGCACAACAACAUCAUCAAGCAUCAUCCUCACCUUCAGCCAACAAUCACCAUCAAAGUAACAUCAAACCCUCUUCACCAUCGACUUCAACCACAAGCCAUCAACAACAUCAACAUCAUCAUUCCUUGAAUGCCGCCAGUCCUGUUACCACCCUUGGUAGUAAAUCUACAACUACAUCCAGCACCAGCAAUACCAGCUCCUCAUCAUCAUCAUCAACACCUACCUCUUCUAACACGAUGCUUCCAUCAAGCCAGCAAAAGAAUGAAGGUCUUUCAGGUGGUGCAGUGACAGCUAUUGUUAUCGUUGGAUUGAUUGGAUUAGCUGGUUUGGUUAUGUGGGUGGUAAUGCGUAAAAAGAAGCGACGUACCAUGCUUCGAGGACAAGCUCAAGCGCAGCAGCAACCUGAUCCAUUUACAAUGGGCUUUGGAAGCCAUGAUCCACCACCACAUACAGCUUACAAUAUGACAGCAUCAGCUUCUUCUCAUGGUGCAGCACCUUCACCCAUGAUCCAAAUGCCUCCUAUUGGGGCUUCAGCCAAUGCCAGCAAUGGUCUCCCUCCUCCUCAUCCACAUCCUCCUGUUGUUGGUAAUGGUGCUGCUGGUAAUGAUGCUCCUUCUUACUCCUAUAAUUCUUUUCCCGCACAAGAAGGCACAACACCCCAUGCCAUUGGCGUCUUUACAGUUAUUUCAACCUAUACACCCACCUUGAGUGAUGAACUGGAUAUCCAACCAGGUGAUCGUGUGGAGAUCUUGAUCGAAUACGACGACGGAUGGUGCCAAGGCAUCAACUUGUCACGUGGCAAUAAGAAAGGCGUCUUCCCAAAACAUUGUGCGGAUUUUUAUCAAUACAACACGCAGCAACAGCAAUACUACGAACCUGCCAACAUGAAACGUGUCAGUUCCAUGUACAUGUCUCCUCAUCAAAACGCCCAACAGCAAAAAGCCUACUACUUGUAA